UCAACUGCUGGUGGUUUUGUGUUGUGCAGUCUGCAGAAGCUUGUCGAACUAUAAUUUGUUUUCAAUUUUCACUUUUCUCAUAAUGUUUCGUGUUGCUUUGCUGACCCUUGCCUACCUAUGCAUCACUUGUGGCGCUACACCAGUCAAAGAAUGUAAAAAUCUACCAGCUCCACUUAGCGUUGACAUCAAAGACUGCCCGGAACCGCCCUGUGUGGUCUACAAAGGUCAAUUUGCUAUUAUGGACGUCCAAUUCCUGGGUGACAAAAACAAUAUUGCGAGCAUUACGGCAGAAGUAAAGGCUAGAGUAUUAGGCAUGAAUUUGCCAUACGAUCUGCCCGAGGAAAUAUCCAAUGUGUGCAUGAAUUUGUUGUAUGGAGCCAUGUGCCCCAUUGAUAAAGACGAGGAUGUUACGUACAGGUUCAAUUUUUAUGUGGAGCCCGUAUUUCCCGAAAUUACGGCCGACGUCACUGUUACACUGAACGAUUCCAAUGACAAUCCGAUUAGCUGCUUUAUUGUCAGCUGUAAGAUCCGCAAAGGCCCAUCAUCGCGACUCGAGCUAGAAGCGAUCGCUGACGAUACGUUGAUUGCAUAGAGCUGUUGUACUAUACUGCGCGACACUUCUGGACAAACUGAUUUGACCAUUUGGUCGUAUGUUCACAUUCUUUUCAAAUAAAUAUCGAAUGCUCAACUUUGUUUACCACAGUCGA